AUGCCCCUUAUCCCUCUGUUGGUUGUGCUGGCGGGUCUGGCUUAUUAUCUCUCGCGUCGGCGCAAUGAUCACGACGCCAUCGAAGACAGCCCGCGUGUUGUCGUGAAAGGACACACGUAUUCAGAAUCAAUAGAGAUGAAAAAACCGCGACGGGUUUUUGAGAUUCGCAAUGCGUGUUUUGUCGGGUCGGGCUAUGUGGGCGCUUUAACUGCGAUUGUCCUUGCGUCGAAAAACCCGCAUAUCCACUUCCACGUUGUCGACUUCGACCCCCACCGCAUCGCGGCGUGGAAUUCAGAUUGUCUGCCCAUUCUCGAACCGGGGGUGGACGAGUUGUUGAAUAGCAUCAAUGCCGAGAUGAGUUCGGUGCCGCUGGACGAGACCGAAAGCGAGGCGAGCGAGUAUCAGCUCGUGCAGAGGAAGCGAUUACCGAAUAUUUCCUUUUCGGCGGAUGUUGAGGGUUGCAUCGCGAGGGCGGAUUUGGUGUUUUUAUGUGUGGAUAAUGAUACGCUGCGACAGUCUGAUGGUGAGGAUGGGUUGAAUAUGGUCCAUCUGGAAUCGGCUGUGCGGACGAUCGCACGCAUAUCGACGGGGCACAAGAUUGUUGUCCAGAAAAGUUCUGCGCCGUGUGGUAUUGUCCACUGGAUUGGAAAGGAGCUCAAAUCCUCUUCUUGCACCUUUGACGUCCUCUCCAACCCUGAAUUCAUCACCCCCGGCACUGCCAUUCGCGAUCUCCUCUAUCCUCACCGCGUCGUCAUCGGCCAUAUCGUCUCCGAAGGCAUGGCAUCCGCCGAAGCAGUCAACGCCCUGAAACGUCUAUACACACCGUGGAUUCCCGACGAGCGCAUCGUCACGACAGACGCCUGGUCAUCCGAACUAUCCAAGAUAGCAGUCAAUGCACUCAUCGCGCAGCGCAUCAGCUCGCUACGAUCGGUAAAGACGAUCUGCGAAAAGGCAAACGCCAACAUGGAGGAUAUCGCGCAGAUCACCGGCUUCGACUGGGCGGGUGGAGCGCCGCAGAUGGACGAGUCGCAUUCGCGGUCGGAUGUGCUGUGUUUGAUUUAUCUGGCUAGAGAGCUGGGCUUGAACGAUGUCGCCGAGUACUGGAGGGCUGUGAGUCGAGUCAAUCUGCAGAGUCGGAUUGCGCUGCCUUCUGUUCCUGAUGCUGAGCCUACUCAACCUCUGCUGGAUGCCAAACCGGAGAUGGAAAUGGUGGAAUGUGUUUGA